AUGGAACAAGAGGAGGAGAUUGAUGUCGUAAAUUUCGACGCAUCAAUCGAAGUGCCCGCGGGAUUCCAAUGCGAUCAAUGUGAAUGGGUUGGGAAGUCUGAAAGAAGUCUCGGAGCACAUAGAAGGCACAAACAUCCGAAACCAGAAGGCUCAGUGUCGACGCCAAGAGGAAGAGGGCGCCCACGAAAAGAAGAAUUCGACUCGUUGAAACCCGCUGAAAAUGAAGUGAUACCGGCACGUGUCACCACGAAACAGCUUCUAGGCGGUAGAAAACGACCGAAGACAAUUGUCGACUCGAUUGAUGAUUCUGCUCUCAGAACCGAUCGAGAAGCGUCACGACUUCAUGAUCUGGGUAUUAUUGAUGAGGCGACGUCUGUUGGGGAAUUCGUGCGACGAGAUGUCAAUUAUCCGAUGGUUUCUAACGAUAUGAUGAUGAUGGAGGAGGGUGGAUCGAUGGUUGUUGGAGAGGAAGUGAUCAUUGAUAAUGAAGAAGAAAAUGGAGACGUCGAAAAGAGACUCAGUCCAAUGAAGCAACGUGGCACUCCAUCUCGCCGCUUCACUGAUAAAGUAGUGCCGGACCGUCUAAUCAUCGGAGACGUAACCGGAAAAUAUAAAUGUUACAUUCCGGACUGCGGAUGGAAAGGCGGCUACCGAUCGAUUCGAAUGGAUCACAUGAAAGCGAUACAUCCGGAAUGGAAGAAACCGGCGAGAUUCAUUCUAGAGAGAAUUUCCAAAGACGGUGUAUAUCUAGACCCAGAUGCAUACGUGCCACCAUUCGCAUGCAAUGUACCAGGGUGUACAUGGCGUGGGAAUUAUAGAGCGUCGAGGAGUGUUCAUAUGAAAAAAGUGCAUCCGAAUGAGCACGCGGAGAGAAAGAAAUCGGCGCCCGGCUACAAUUCGAAUGGAACUUACGCGUGUCAUUAUCCGGGUUGUACGUGGAAAGGGUGGAGUCGAUCGACGAGAUCUAUGCAUUUGAAGAAGGCGCAUCCGGAUUGGAGGCCAGAGGAUUCAAGGGUUUUGAUGAUUCUCUCAUGUUUCUUCUGCAAAUCCACAUUCCCAUCAUAUCCACUACUCUCCGAACAUAUAUCAACUCAUGGUGGUGUUGGACUACACGUGGAGGAGUUUUUCGAGACGAAAGAGAUCUAUUCGGAGUGGAUGAUACGAAUCGAGAAGCUUUAUUCUCUAAAUUUCGAGCGAUACGACCCACCGCUUCAUGGAGAUCACGGACAUCCGGACGGACAGAUAUACUUGCUUCAUUGUAGUUGUGUGGGUCAUCGAGGAGCUCAGUUGGCUGUUGAUGCAAGAGCGUACAUCUACGACAAGCACUACUUCCUGAAACGGCGUCCCCACCAACUGAUGACUCGCCAUAAGAACGAUUGCUCUGCUUUUCUAGAAAUCCGAGAGGAAUCCGAAUACGGUCCCGUCCAUGUCAAAGGCACUCUCGAGCACACCGGCCACCGCUUCGGCACUCCUUUACUCCGAAUGACGCCGAUGGAACGCCAGCUGUUUUGUGACGUUACCGAGUGGAAAUCGUUGGGAAACGAUCAGUUCAUGGCGAUGGACGUUGUGGAGAAGUUGACGGCGUACGAGGGAUUUCUGAUGGAUAACUUCUCGGAGGCCAAAGGAGUGAUACUGAUGGAACCGUUGGAUAUGGAUCCGUUGCUUUCUGUUAGGAUGUUGGUGGAACAAUCCGAACCGAGCUGCUUUUUUGGAGUGAAUUUCAGCGAGUUUGACAAUCAUAAAAAGAUGUCAUUUGGUUAUAUGAAUCUGGAAAUGCAGAAGAUUUGGGGGAAAUUCGGUCCCGGUGGUACUGUAUGCAUCGAUAUGAUUCUUAUGGAUUUCGACGAAAUCGAAAUGGUCCAGUAUACGGUUUACGUGAUCGGCGAGCAAAUGAAUAUUCCGAAGUGUGUAAUGCUCUACAUGACUACCGAGCAAGCCACCGGACCGCCCGUGAUUCUGGAGCAUUUAACGAUAAUCGACGCAAGAAGUCCCAAGGAGUUCCUAACGAAUCCAUCGGAAAUCUGGGUGGAACUCGGGAGAAAAUACUACGAGGGGCAGGAGGAACAGCCGAAAAUGUUGAUCAGCGAGUGGGCUCUAAUGGAAUAUUGGGCGGUGAAAGCGGAGCAACUCAGUGAGAACGAAAUAGACACUUUCAAUAUAGUCUGUGCACUUCGGAGAGUGUUACGAACUGAGGACGCUCAGCAGGUGCUCUCGUUCUUCGUGGAGUUCUUCGAAGCGUGUUACGAGUGUGGCUACGAUCAGUUGGCUGAGUUCUUCGACUUGCAACUCACGGAUAUUGAGUAUUUCAAACGGUGGAAUCCGAUGAGACGACUUGGAAUCAAUGCGCAUUCUCAUCCGAUGCUAGCGACGGUUUCUAGGGUGAUUCGCGAGUUUUAUUUGACAAAUGAUGGGAUAGAUCGAGUGGAUCAAUGGUUCGCACACGCUACCAAGAGAAUGGAGGAGUUUAAUCAGGUGGAGACGACGCAGACGUACACAAUGAGACCUUUGGAGCCGAUAAGGAAGUUCUAUUAUCAGAGUUCUCGGGAUAUCGAGGAGGUGGAGGCGGAGGAGGUGCGGAUGCAACAGGCGAUUCAAGGGAGACCACAUCAUCAGGGCCACCCGCAGGUCCACCAUCAGGAGGUCCACCAGCAAAUGAUCUACGAGGAAGACGAUAUUCUUACUGGAGAAGUGGUGGAAGAAGAAAUAAUCGGUCAUGAGAUAGAGGGCGGGCUCGAAGGGGAGGAGAUUGUGGAGGAGAUGACGUUGCAAGAAGGCGAAGAGUUGAUUUAUGAGGAGAUUGAUGAGAUAGAAGAGGAGAUACAGUAUCAGGAGGAGGAGGUAGUGGAGAGCACCCCCAAAGUCCCACCGCAUCGAAUGCGUGUCUACCAACAACAAAAGGCGCCGGACCCACCACGAGCACGUCCUCUUCAUCAAGUCGUCAGCCAACAGAUUCCGCUCCUCCCACCGUCAAAACGGCCUCGGAUUCUGAAGGGACACGAAGGCCACCACCUUCAGCCACCCCUACCAACACCCCCCGCUACACGAGACACCACGAAAUCAGUGGUUCGUGGUAGAAAGAAGCGACGAGAUCGAUUCGCACAGCUUCGAGAUUGCCCGCCAGAAGUGAUGAGAGCCAUCGCGGCGCACGCGAUCGCCUACGAUGGAAGGAAGAAAGAGCAGCGGCCGUUUAUGUAUGUACCGGGGGAGGCGAAACUGUCGACCUCGGCGACACCGGUAGUGCCGACACCCGAUAUGACGAGGUAUGGAGCGCCACCGCCGAGAAGGUUGAGUGCCCAGCAGAUUGCCGAGUUACAACAACAGAGACGAUUGAAGAGGGAUCAACAGUGGGCGCAGAAGUAUCAGAGGGUUCAGGAACAACAGCAGAGAAUGCAGGAGGAGGGGGAGCAGCAAGGGGAGGAGGAGGAGCUGAUUGAAGUGGAUGAUGGACCGUACGCACUUCCAUCGACGUCACCAUCAUCAUCAUCUGCUCCACCACCAUCCCAACCACAACAACCAUCAACAUCCUCAGCGUCUUCCCACCAUCCUCAAUCAUCUCAUUACAUUCAUCGGGGCCCCGGCCCUUCCACAUCCUCAUCGUCAUCAUCACACCCUCCAUCAUCUCACUACAUACAACAACACGAAGCUCCGCCCCCAUCAUCAUCUUCUCACCAAGACGUUGAGGAGCAGCCGAUCUAUGAGGAGGAUGAGAUUCCGAUCUACGAGGACGAUCAGUAUAAUCAGGAGAUGUAUACAUAUCCACCGGAUGAAAUGGUUGUCCAUCAUGAGGAGGUCCAUAUGGAGUAUGAUGACUCACAGCCGUGCACUUCUGCUUCGUUGUAUAGAUAG